AUGGGUGCACGGUAUCGCACGGGACUCUCUGUACCAUUUGGUGAAGUAAAUAUUGUAAGGGAGUGGCUAGGAAUCACUGGAGAAGUAGGGCGACCCAAGAAAGAAAAUCCUGCUAGACCUGUUUUAGGUUUUGCUUGUUCACGAAGUGAAAUUAGUGGCCAAAGAUUUUGGGGUCUAUUUAAAGAUUUAUGUGGAGAAGCAAGGAAUUUUUUUGAAAACACAUUGAUUUAUAAUCAUUGUCCAGUUGCUUUUAUGACAGAAAGUGGAAAAAAUAUUACUCCAAAUGAGUUGAAGGAAAGAAAGGCUGUAACUGUUCUGUGUGAUAAAGCUCUCUUUGAGAUCAUUGUACUCUAUAAUGUAUCAAUUGUAAUUGCAAUUGGGAGAUUUGCUGAAAAGAGAGCAACAACCAUUUUGAAAAGUGCAAAUAAGAAUGAUGUGAAAGUUAUUUGCAUUCCUCAUCCCAGUCCUAGAAAUUUCGGUACUGCAGAGAAAUGGAGAGAAAUUGUAAUAGGAGAACUUGAAAAAAAUGCCUUGAUGCAGUAUUUCAAGAGAUCUACUGACAUUACAAAUUUAACAACUUCAGAAAUGCUUCCUGGUUCUUCAUCUGGGCAUGGAACAAAACAAGUUGAGGACUCUUCUGUCACAUAGAUUUUAAGUGAAGGUGAAGUGAAACCUAUUUAUAAAUCAAUUUAAUUUGGCAAAAUGAGUGAAUGAAGAGGUUUGAUCAAAAAUAAUGUUUAUUAGCUGCUGAUUUUAACAGAUCCUAAACUGUCUUUGAAAAUGAACAGGAAUUAUAGCAAUGCCUGAAAUAUUGAUUAUUAUUGAGUUUUUUUGGAACCUGAAUAAUACUGGGAAUAAUUUUAAGUUUUACUAGAAAUUUAAGUUGGUGAUUGAAUACAUCUUAUUAUGAUUCUUUUAUUUGAAUUAAAAUGCAAAUAUUUAAUUGAUAAAAGUAAAAAAGUGAGUGAUUUUUUUUGUAUUAAAUGAUUAAAGUUGAUUGCAAUGAUAGAUGCAGUGAUGAAAAUAAUACAAGUUGAAUUGAGACCUCUUAUUAUUUAUUCUGUGUGCAAUAAUAAAAGAGCAAAUCUAUGUUUCCAGAGUGAUAUCAAACGUAUUAAUACUAGUGAUUCAUAAAUGUAACUAAAUUCAUUUAUGUAAAGGGAAUUUAUGUUAUUUAAAAAUGAAAAAGACAUUAUAAUAUUGUUUACUUUUUUAAAACAAUAUAUUAUUUAUAACAUAUUUUGAUACGUGCAAUAUAUGUUGUGACUUCAUGUUUAUAUGUACAUUCAAUUGCUCCUCGUAAUUUGUAGACAUGUAUUAUAGAAAUUGUGAAUUGAAAAUAUUUGAAAUAAUAUAAUUGAAUAAAAAUAUUAAAUAAUUGAAAAAAUAUU